CCACUGCUGGAGAACAGGAUCAUGACAGUACCUGGUCAAGGCAUGUGAUGUCCGGACGCUCCUUCUAGUGCACCCUGCCUCAGCCCCCAGAUCCAGUCACUAAGGCCAGGUGACUCUAGCGUCCCUUGCUCUUCAGCUCUAGCCACCCCAGCCUCCAUCAGAUGUGCCAGGCACCGGCCCAUCUCAGGGCUCCUCCCUGCUGUCAUGCCCUUGUGCGGCCAGGCCUUGUCCUCGUCUCAGCCCAGCCGCCACUCCUCAUGAAGCAGCCCCAACUGCGCCACCAGGGAAUGCCCGACACCCUCCUGUCUCCCAACCCAAGAUUACCAGUGUCAUUUCCUCUGCUGCAGGAGGGCGGGGGUCCCUCUGAGCCCCACCAGCUUCCAGAUGAGAGGUGCAGAUACCUAUGGGAGAAAUCGUGUUUAUCUCUUAGCUCUCAGGUAAUUGGCCAAGUAAACAGCCCCAAAGGGACUGAUCUUGGGGUCACCCCACCCUAUUAAGACUAAGGAGGAGCAACUUCUCUGGUGCCCAGCAGCUCUCCUCUCCCUGCUAUCCAGCUGGGGCCAACCUGAUCCAAGGUCACCAGUCAACACCAGUCCUAGCUGUGCUGUAGCCCCUGCCUCUUACUGGUGGGCAAGAAAAGGACAGGCAAGCUGGGAGUCCCUAGUCCUGCCUGCCUUAUCUCCUGGUGCUGCUUUCCAGCGAGUUCAGAGUCCGACGCUGCCAGUGCAGCCACACAGCACAGGCACCGCUGCUGAUUCAACACCUACAGUCACGCAGAAAACUGGGCUGCCCCACCCACCCAGCUGUGGGCCUCAGCUGUCUGGCCUGGAGGACCUUGGAUGAGUUACAUCACCUUCCCAAGCCUCAGUUUCCUCAUCUGCUGUGAAGAGGAUUUUCAACAGGCUAAACUAAGGACAUCCCACAGGCAAACUAGGGAAAAGGUACUGAAAAAUAUUAGCUGCUCUGGCUGAGGUUUUUACAGCUGCAUCUACACAGGGAGAACCAUGGACAUCCGUUCCCCUCGGUUAAUCCUGAAGAGUCGUUCUGCAAACUGUCUGACAGGUAGCGAGCAUUCAGGAAAGGUGCUGUCAAGAGAGCACCCGCAGAGCCGCCGUCCAGCGCAGACCAGCAGGGACCCCAAGGACGCUAGGACAGACGUCUGGGCUCCAGGCAGCCCCUCCGCGGCGGCUGUAAUGCAGGUGCGGGCUGCGGCCGUCCCCUUCGUGCCUCGUGUGGGAGCCCCCGAAUUCCUGGAGGAGCAGCCUGAGCGCCCAUGGGGAGAUCAAGGCAGAAUGGGGCUCCAAGAGGAGUGCUCGUCCGGGGAGUCCCUCACGGGGUGCGGAAGAGGUCCACCGGCCGGGGUCGCCCGCCCGCCGGGGAAGGCAGGUUCCCAGCAGCGCGCCCUGCAGGCGGCCAGGGGUCGCCGCGGGCCUGACCACGGCCCGCGUCCCCCGCCUCGCGGGCCUUACCUCGCGCGAAGGCCUAGGGCGGUGGCGGAACGGGAGGCGGGGGGCCGAGGGGCGACCGGGCCAUGGCCCACGACACACUCGGUAGCAGCGGCGCUUUGUCUCCGGGCGGCCGGCCGCGCGGCCGCGGGAAGGCGCCUCAGGGAUGCAAGCAGGCGGGGCGGCGGGACAGUCCGGGACCCCUGCGCGCGCCCCUUUAACCCUCCCCGGCCCGCCCGCGCAGGGCCCGCCCCCGCGGUUUCCCACCCUCCGAUUGGUCGGCUUCGCCUCGGCACGCCCCCUGUGAGGCAGCCCCGAAACCAUUCUUAAAGGGACCGAGACGGGGUCAGGCGUCCCCAAGGAUCUGUUCCAGCAAGUCUGAGGAUUUGACCCCAGAUCACCCAGUGCAGGCUAACACUGUGGUGUCGAUUGGCCAGGAAAAAGCCCUGGGGUCCUAGGAGAGGCCUCAUUCUGAAGUUCUAGGCUUGCUUCUGGCUGGGGUUGCUAGAUUUAGCCAAUUUAACAAUGCUCAGCUCCAUGUGAAAAAUAACCCUAGUUCCCGGAAUAUUGUGAUUUGUUGAAAUAAAGCUAACCACAGGACAGACACACAAGACUGCACUAAAUGUAAAAGAUGCCAGGCAGUCCAACCUCAUGCCUCGGAGAGGAGAAAGAUCUAGAAUUAGGCUGAGGACGAGUCCCACUAGGCUUAAUCCACCUUGGAGUCAGGUCUUCAAUUCUGAGGCUUCUUUUGCCUCCUGCGAAACAACGACAAGCACCAUAUAUAAAGUGGACUCAGCAGAUUUUAUCCCUCAGUGGGAAUUGUUUUCAGGCAGCGUUGUUUGAAUUUUUUUCCCCUGUACUCUGAACUGAACCCAGGACUUUUGCGCUGAGCUACAUCUCAAGCUUUUUUUUUUUUUUUUUGCUAUGGGCUUGCUAAUUGCCCAGGUUGGGCUUCAAUUUGUGAUCCCUCCUGCUUCAGCCUCCUAGUGUGCUGGAAUCACAAGACUGUGCCACUUUGCUUGACUUUGAGUGUGGCUUUCCUAGCAGAGGCUGUCCCUACUGAGAUUCCUAUACUUUCUGCUCCCAAGGCCUGUUUCACCACUCCACUGUGCAGACAGCAACAAAAGCCCUAUACUGAGCAAGAGAAGGCCCUGGGGCCUCUGACCCUCAGGCAGGAGGAGAUGAGCCUGGGACUCUGGGAUGUGUAACCUUUUUUUUUUUUUUUUUUUUUUUUUUUUGGUAUGGGGGAUGGAACGCACAACUGUGAGCUUGCAAGGCAGGCGCUUAUGCCACUGAGCUAAAUCCCAGCCCCUGGGAUGUAUAUCUUGGGGAAGUCCCUUUCUGCCUUGGGCUUUACUCUGCUCCUGGAGAUCACAGUCUGGUUUUAUUGCUGUUGUUACUCUCAUGGCCCUAGCACUGAGCUACAACCCCAGCUCUUAUUUCUUAAUUUGAGGCAGGAUCUCUGGGCUCAAAUUUGUAAUCUUCCUCCUUCAGCAUCCCAGAGUGUACCACAUGCCAGCUUCAUGUGUCCCCUGGAGGUUCGAGGUUUCAUAGGAAGAAUCUACAGGGUCCCCCUGGGUGGGAGGACUGCCUGGACGACUCUCCUUGAAUAAAGAGCAAUUAUGUCCGUUUUGACUAAACCUGGCCCUAUCUCCAUGUGCUGACAUGUGCAGGGCUGGCCAGGCCAAUUCCUUCUCCCUUCAGUUGGCUUUAGGCAAUGUAAAUAGAGCCGGCUGAGGUGCUGUUGUGUAAUCUUACAGUUAUGUUUCCCCACCCUGAGACUCCCCAAAAAUAUGGUUGAGCAAGCGGAGUGAAGAGCCAUGGUUCCAGUGCUGUCGGCUGGGACUGAGCCUUGAGAUAAGAGGCUCUGACUUCCCAAGGUGGAAAAGUUUACAUCAGAGCUGAAGCACUGACCCCAAAACAUUAGAUAUUCCCUCAAUUUGGUUAUAUAGAUUAGUCCUGCUUCAUAUCUUUCUCUCUGCGUGUGGCAAAAGUGAUUUCAGGUCCCCUCCCUAGCCCAGCUCACAGCACUCACAUAUCUCCCAUCAUUCUCACAGUUACUCAUCGUCAGGCCACUCCCUUCUUCAUCAAUAAAUAAAAUCUGGGUUAGGCUCCAGGCCUUCAUUCCCAUGAACCACCAUCUUGGCUGGAUUUAGGACCUAUUUGGCUCCCCAUAACUAUAAAUAUGCCUUAAUGUCGUUAUUCUCACUGUAGGUUGCACUGCAGGUGGUAGAUUGAAAUUCUUUUUUUUUUUUUCUUUUUUUUUUUUUUUGUCUUUUUCAUUUUUAUCCAUACCGGGGAUCGAACUCACGACCACCUGCUUGCAAGGCAGGUGCUUAUGCCGCUGAGCUAAAUCCUCAGCCCCAAGAUUGAAAUUCUUUAUUGGAAUUCCAAUAACUUUUCCAGGGGAUUAAAUAUAAACUCUCUGAAAGAGACAAGUCCCAGGAAAGUCUCCUUAUAGUCUCCACCCAUGGCCAUGAUGAUUGGUCCAGGGAUAGACAUGUGACCUAGGCCAAGCCAAUGGUACUCAGUCUGCCUCAUUAGAGGAGGAGCCGGCAGAAAACACAGGCAGCCCCAAGAAAUGCUUGAAGAGACCCCGGAUCAAGCUCAACCUGCAGUCACCUCCUUCUCUGCCCAAGGAAGGUAGCAUUGCCAGAGAUCUAGAUGCUGCCAAGGGAAAAGCAGCACCUACACAUGGACACAUGGGCCUUGCUGUGGGAACAAUCCCCCAGGUUUCUGAGUCUGGGUCAUUGGAAAUGCCCCAAAUCAGCCCAAUUUCGAUGCCUUUGUGUGUGUGUGUGUGUGGGGAGGGACCUGCGGGGGGGGGGGGUCAUUAUUCAUUUAUUGAAACUGAUAUGAAGAAGCACAUAAAAAUUAACUGGUUGGGCCGGGGAUGGCAUAGUGCCUGCCUGUCAAACGCAAGGUCCUGAGUUUGAUUCCCAAUACAAUAAAAAAAAGUUAACUCUUAAAGCAGACAGCUCUGUGGCAUUCAGUACACCCAUAAUGCUAUCAAUCUACCAAUUCACAGUUACAUACCGUUACAGUCCCAGCUGCUUAGAAGGCUGAGGCAGGAGGAUCACAGAUUUGAGGUCUUCCUCAGAUGCAUAGCCAGACCCUAUCUUAAAAAUUAAGAAAUAAAAUGGGGUGGGGAUGUAGGUCAGUGAGACGGAGCCCCUGGGCUUGAUGCUCAGUAGUGUAAUAAAUAAAUAA